AUGAUGACGUCAUUUCAUACAAAGGAAAUUCUGGGCGACACGUGAGAGAUGAAUUGGUCUUGAAUCCAUUUGUUCCAGCUACUUCUGAAAACGAACAGACGAAAGAGACAAAUGCAUGUCAAUAUUCCAUCGGUGGUGUUUUCGAUUAUUCAAGAAUGCGUGAACAUCAAUAACGUAAACAUAAUGAAGACGAGAGUGGCUAUUUCGUACCCAAAUCAUCACAACAGUAUGAAAGAACUGCUUUUAAUUCCGGAAACAACACACAAUCAAGAGAAAAACACCAAAGAAAGGAGCUUUCAGACAACGAGGAAGACGACUACAUACGGAUGGGACCUGCAAGAAAUACCGAGUUUUCCUGCGAGUACAAAUCACACCAGAAUAAAGUCGACGAAAACCAGCGACGCCAUCAAAAAGCUGAUUUAAAAUCUGACACCGUCGAAAAUACAGGAAUAUCCGACACCUGCCGUCGAAGUCUAUUGUCCCAACGUUCGCUUAGUGACAGCGCUAUAUAUAAGGGAGUCGAUGUUGACGACAACAAGACGCGAACCUGUGGGAAGUACGAGCACAGUGAAAGAAAGCAAGUGAAAACAUCUUCAAGCAAAGAUAACAUUGAAUGUAAAGCAAAAAGAAGCCUUUGGUCUCGAAUAGCUAAAUGUAUUGUAAAAAACUCCAAACAAACAUCUACAGAACAUUUAAAUUGGCAAACGAAGCUCGUUUGUGCAUGUGGGGGUUCAUGUGAACGAAUAGACAGUUUGGCGUUAUCAUCAGAUGGACACAUAUGGGUGUCGUUCCUCCACUGUUCCUGGGUAUCAGUGUAUGUCCACGAAUACAUUCCCGUUCGUAAGUUUGACGCUGGAUGCAUAGUUGACUGUCCAGCUGUAUCCCCGGCUGGUGUGCUUUACAUCUCUUGUCCAAUGAAGAAGCAGAUUCUGAUGCUCUCCAAAAACCUCGAGUUGAUUAUAAUGGGCCAGUUCAAUAAACUGCAUCCAAGGGGUCUUGCAAUAUCCCCAAUAGAUGGAGCUGUGGUCGCCUGUAUGACGUCACAAAUGGUCGGAAACGUCAUGAAAGGUCCAUCAAAGAAUUGUCUGAUGAAAUUUCCAGGAAAAAAAGCAAACGAAAAAGGACAAGUUCUGAACAAAGAACACUUUCUAGGAUAUCCUUUGAGGCUCGCUAUCAAUGUCAAUGGAUAUAUAUUAGUUUCAGAUUUCGGUUUGAAAUGUAUUUUUGUUGUAAGUCAAGAGGGACACAUGUUGAACGUCUUUUCGACUGUGGGAGAUAGACUUUUUUGUCAGGUGCAUAGCCUUACAAGUGGUCAUGGAGAGUCGUUCUACGUUGUUCAUGGUGGACGUGGUCAAUUGUCCAUCACUCGACUAGGCGAAUACCGGGGCACCGUGGUCGAGACGGCGACAUCGCGACGACUAGAUCCGGAUAUUUAUUGUAAAGUUAGAGCAACUGCAGUGGUACAGAAUGGUCAGCUUGCAGUCACAUCUGGAACUAUUAUCAAAUACGUUUCUCCGGAUUGAUAACUCCAUUUUUGCAGUUUCGGAUAUAAACAGGGUUUUCCUGUAUGAAAUUAAUUGUUAGAAGCGACAUAGGUGAUUAGGGUCAAUAUGAUGUGUUAUUGUGUACAUUUAAGUUGAAGUAACCCGAACUAACUACACAAGUGCGGGUUAGUUAUUAAGGUCAAGUGCAUUUUUAAUACACGUAUAACAGCAUUUUAAGUGCGAUAUAGAAUAAUUUAGUCAUGAGAGGGAAACAGAUGAUUAUGCAUGUGUUAUGUAGAGAAAGAUGCGAACUAUAUUUUGUGCAAUGUAGCGAAGAGCCCUGCCUCUAGUUCUAUUAACAUGUAAUCACAUUACUAAAUUUGCUAACGCGUUGAUAAAUCUUCAACACUGUGUGUUUUCGUAUUUUUUGACGGACAACGGGAAAUUUAUCGUCUUUUAUUACGUAGUGCACAUGCAGGGCAAACCGUUAUGUGACAGGUAACUACCGAAUUAAUUAAUCAUCCGGUAGUUAAGGAGUCUAUUUUCAAAUCAAACUAGUUGACCUCCUGAAAUGCUUAUAAAGCCGCAAAAAUACGACCUUUUGAAUGAGAUUACCAAAGCUGCAUAACGUCGGCUGCUUUAUCUGGAAAGGUUUUUGGGUUUUAUAUGUUGACUGAAGAUAAUAGGGUUGUAUUGUGCCUUUAGAAAUACGCAGUCUGUUAUUGAGAAAACAAAAAUAACAUUGAAGUCAUGCAUUUGUUAAUUCAAAGCUACAUUUUUACUCUUAACACUUUUCUACCGUAAUGGUUAUCUCCCUUAUUCUAACAUUUAUAUCAUAGUGGUACUUCUGGCUGAUUAGCUUGGCCUACGUCUUCGAUGUUUGUUUAGAAUGAAUAAUUGUAGUAGACAUGUUUUUAAAUCGAUUACAUCUUGGUAUCCGACCCCAAAGGUACUAUUUGACGAAUUAUGUUCUUUAUCGUACAGGACAACACAUGUAGAGUACCCGCAGAUAAUUUCGAUUAUUAUAUUUCACUUUGUGGGCCAUAAUUUAACAAAGUGCGAUCUUUAAAAUUUUAUUUAUCAAUGUAUUACUCUACAUCAUUUAUGGAGUAAAAACAGUAUCGCUCGGUUUGCAGCUUUCCUUUCCAAGAUCUGACAUUUCUGUUUGUUUGCACGCAAGUACCCGUUCAUGGGUAGAUCACUAGUCAACUCAGUUGGUGCAUGACCUAACCGUAUUGAAAACAUGCAGUCAAAAUCCAAUACAACCAGAAUGUCUUCUAUCAUUUAUGUAAUUUACUGUCGUUUAACUCGAUGUGGCAUGUAUUGACUAGCCGUAUCGUGUGGUGUCAAUUGAUCCUGCCUUUGUUGUAAGGUAAUUAAAUAUCUUAAAACUGUUAGCAUUGAUUAAAAUAAAUCCAUAUAUUUUAAGAGGAAUGCUUUAUUUUCUUAAGCAUUAACUAUUUACACCAAUGAAAUGUUAAAAAACAGAAACAGAAAAAGAAAUGUAAUAAUUUAGGAAAUGAAUGACUAAAAUAGUUCUAUAGAAAAAAACUACUUUAUUUGACAUUUAUCUAU